UACUGGCCAGAGGCACAGGAGGGUGACAGAAUCCACCAGAGAGAGCGGGGAGCAGAACAGGCAGACAACUGACCAAAGACACUGCUGAAGGGAGCAGAGGGCGAGGCCGGAGAGGUCUGCCGCGCCAUAUGGGUUUCUCCCUGGCUGGUCGGGAAUCGAACCCAGCUGCCGAGGCUGUGGACAGCUUCUCAGCGCAGCGCUCAGUGGGACGAGGUGGCGGAGUGGUUAAGGCGAUGGACUGCUAACCUGAUUUUUCAAGAGAACUCAAAGGCAGACUUCCAGCAUUAUGGGACUGAAGUAUGCUCUCUUCGUGAUGGUCCUCCUGAUUGCUGACUCUGCUUCGGAGAGGAAUCAGGCAUAUUUCGGUGACACCGGAGAGCUGCCAUGCCGCUUUAAAAAUCCUCAGAAUAUAAGCCUGAAUGAGCUGGUCGUAUUUUGGCAGAACCAGGAUAAGGUUCUUUUUGAGCUAUACGAAGGCAAAGAAAAGCCCGACAAUGUUCAUCCCAAAUACAAGGGUCGCACAAGCUUUGACCUGGACAGCUGGACCUUGUACCUCCACAACAUUGAGAUCAAGGACAAGGGUUCAUAUCAUUGUUAUGCCCAUCGUCUGCAGCCCAACGGAAUGGUUCCCCUCCACCAGAUGAAUAUUGUCCUAUCAGUUCUUGCUAACUUCAGUCAACCUGAAAUAAUGAAAAUUUCUAACGGAACAGAAAAUUCAGGCAUCAUAAAUGUUACCUGCUCAUCUAAACAAGGUUACCCAGAACCUAUCAGAAUGUUUUUUGUUAUAAAAACAGAGAAUUCAUCUGACACAUCUGAGGCUGAAAUGAAUAAAUAUCAAGAUAAUGUCACAGAAUUAUACACCGUUUCUGCCAGCCUGUCUUUUCCAGUCCCUCCUGAAGCAAAAACUGUGAACGUCUCCUGUGCCCUGGAAUCUAAAGCAACAGUGGCAAUGCUUUAUUCCUCAUCUCUCUCUAUAGAUGUAAAGCCAUAUGAACCACCGUCUGAUCCAGACCACACCCUCGGGAGAGUGGCUAUAAUUGUAGUAGUGAUCACUGUGGUUGUGAUGGUGCUCUUUGUAAUACAAAGGAAAAAGAAGAAGAAGCAGCCUGCUCCCUCUCAUGAAAAUGCAGCCAUUCGAAUGGAAGAGGGAGAGCGUGGGCGGCUCAAAGAUAGGGUAAAAUACCAUGUACCUGAAAGUUCUGAUGAAGCUCAUUGUGUUGUUAACACUCAGAAGACAGCCACAGAUGACAAAAGUGCUACACAUUUUUAAUUAAAGAGUAAAGUCUAUAUGACAGUCUAUUUCUUAUACACUUUUCCUUUCUUUUUUCUUAUGUCUCUAAACCUUCUAGAAGGCAAGAAAAUAUUACCAUCAGUAAUGGUGGGGGCUCCAGGGUUCCUCCAAAUGAAAUAGCCUUCCUCUAAUACCAGCUCUGUUCCCCAUGCCAAAAGAAGAUUUUAUCUACUUCUUUUCAUGUCAGAGCACAUUUGUGGGCCAAAUCCAUCUGCCUUAUUCCUGGCUUGGGAAUAGUGUUGAGGACUAACACUUGUUUCAGAUUCAGACUGUUAAGUUUGUAAACUGUGUUUUAUGCAGAAUUCCCAACUCCUGGAGUAGUGACUUUUACACCCUCUGAACUGUGAGGUAGAGCCCCCUCCGAUCAGACAUAAUUGGGAAUGCACAACUCCUGACCUUCGAUCUGAGUGGGAGUUACAUAUUUAUAUAACUGGCUUUGUAGUGUUACAUUGGCUUUGUGGUGUUAUGCAGAGUAUUUUACACUUGCUUUGCAGUAUUAAUAUUAAUGUCUUAACAUAUAGAGAAAAGUGUACAAUAAUAAUGUAAUUACUAUGCGCUGAGAAAAUUCCAACAUCUGCUAAGAACUCCUUUUCCCUUUUCCCACUUUGAGGGUCAGUAAAGUAAGUGGUGUUUUGUGUCCUAACAACAAAGGGCAGACUAACUUAAAAUCUGGGAAAUUAAGAGAGAAGUGGUAGCAGCUCUGGGUCCGCACCCCAUUUCUUUCUGGGCUCUUGCUAAUAUUCAGGAGGAUCAACCUGCCUAACAAGCCUUAGCAGAGAGCACUGUGCAUCAUGAGUCUACUUCUCUGCUUGUAAAAAGUCACUGAAGAGCAGGCCUGGUCCUGUGUGAGAGCCAAUAGAAAGGUUACAAUACUCCAAAGAGGAAAAAAAAGAUCUUGACAGUAAAGAUGCACCUUGCUGGCCAUCUGUCCAUUCCUUUGCCAAGCUUUGGGACAAGCCACAGAUGAACAGCCUGUCCAAACGGAGUUAAGAAAAUUGCAGUGUCCCCCAUUGAUUGGUGAGGAGUUUUGAUGAUUAUAAAUUGAUGAUAUGUAAGUUAUUGUGAUGUUUCAUCUGGCUAGAGGCAGAAUUGGAAAGAGAGAGCUAUUAUCUUGUUAAUGGGAUGCAUGGAAGUAGCCUUAGAAUCCUUUCAACUAGUGGCUGAGAGAAAAAGAGCGGGAAUGAAAUUCAGAGGACCUGGAAGUGAAUCAGGCAGAGGCUGAUUUAGCCUACAGAUGUCUGAAGAAGAUAUAGGCUGAUCCAAAGUAAGGUUGACGAACUUGUAUCUAAGGACUAUCUAUGUGCCAUUCUCAACUCUGAGAGAUCUGAGCACCAAAGAGGAAUAUCUGAGCCCAGUGGAAGUGAAUUAGCAGAGCACAGCUCGAAGGCAGCAUCUCUAAGGAAUGGAGCGCUCUGUCCAAACUGAAAGAGAAGUGUGGGAGACCCAAACUAAGAAAUAGUUCUGAUUCUAGGUAACGGCCCUCGAAGGUUGUAGAUGGCUGUGCAAGCUAAGCUCAUCCCUGCAAUAUUACCAUUUGUCUGCUGGGUCCUCCCCCUGCCUUCAUUAGGCAGCAUUUGCUGGUUCCUAACAUGUUUUGUACAGAGUAAUUCUCAGUCAAUUUUUGUUAAAUUGAUUCAAGUCUCCAUUUUCUGUUUCUGCUUCUACAGUUUCUGUUUCUAGUUUUACUCUUCACCCCUUGUAGUCUGAUGUUACUCCCCACUGUCCUUGUAGCUCACUUCCUUCUUCUCAAUAUGUCUCUGGCAGCCCCAUUCUCUAGCCACCCUGGCCAGAGGCCUAUGAUUCAUCCCAAGCCCUUUCCCUUCCUUUCCUCUAACCAUUGCACAAGAAAGGGGGGCAUUCUUACAGAGGUUGGUCUCAGUAGUGAGACAUUUUUAAAAAUCGAGUAAGAGAGGUAUUUCUGGAGACAACUGGGAAAUUUGGAGUUAAGGAGGGGAUACCUGCUUUUCAGUUUGUAACGUUUUAUAUUGUGCAAUUUUAAAAGUAUGUACUUAUAUGUUUAUUAAACAAAAACUUAUGUAAAAAUAUUCCUUGAAAAUAGCUUCAUUAUAAAACUAAUGCAUGUAACUAUAUUGUAUAUUUGAAAGUUGCUAAGAAUAGAAAAGUUCUUAUU